AUGCGAUAACUAAACUGCGAAUAUUUAUUUCUACGAAGACAAUUUAAAAAAUGAAGCGUAGAUAGAAGCUGUUUUGUUUACGAAAUACUCCAACGACUGCUAUAUACGUCGGGUGGUAUUGAUAACCGCGUUGUCAUGAUCCUGCUUUUAUCAGCAAAAAGAGGACAAAUGCCGUUGAAGGAUAGUAAUUCCGAUGGAGGAAAAGUAGUGUACGAGGAACGCUCAGCUUGAAAAAGUUAUUACGCUGAUGAUAGGCAACUUGAAAACGUCACCGAACGUAAUUUAUCGAUGAGAUGUAAAGCAACGAAACUAAGAAAAAAGAAAAGCUACAAGUCGAAACUGCAUGAGACGAAGAUCUGUGUCAGUUAGCUCGCCAAAUCCUCGCGUAGAUGCCCAGCUGACAAUUAUCAGCAGCUAGAAGAACAGAGAUACGAGAUGAAGAGAAGAAUGGUGGACGCGACCGACACGUCCGUUCUCCAGGUGACCAAGCGUACGGAGCGUGGACGAGCUUGUUGCAGCACGUGGUUGCACGAGCGAGACGCAAAAUGGACCAGGUGUUCAGGAAGUGGGGACCUGGAUUAAAAGCAAACGAGGGCAACGUCUCCGCGACAGAGCCAUCUCGGACCUUGAACAGUGGAGGUCGACGCGCGGUUCAGCUACCUUUCGGUUCACGUUGGUUACUUCGUGGUCUCCUAACGGGUUCCUGGCUGCCCUUCGUUCCAACCGAUCCUACGAUCGUUCGUUGGUUCGCUGCAGCCGAAAGUCGCUGCCAGGAUUGCAGAACUUGGACGAAGACCUUCGAAAACGAUGGCAGCGAGAGGAGCGAUCUACCUGCUGCUGCUGGUGACAUUGACCCUGAGGGGCUCGCAAUGCAGCGCGAGAUACGUCGCGAAAGUGAAGACGAACGCAUCCGAGCUUUUCAGGACGAGGGGGGAAAGUCCGAGGGUAUUGGACGGACCGAUCGCGGCCACGCGAAGUCCAUUACAUCAGGAGGCAAAGUCUGUCUAUCAGAACAGCAACCAAAGGAUGAUCAAGAACUUCCCCAGGAGCGAGGACGAGUCGAUUAACGGAUUCGAGACGUCCACCUUCAAUCCGGACGUGUUGAACAAGUUCCUGGAGGAGUACGCGAGUAAGAUCAAGAGCAGCACGGACAAAUAUCAAAGAUAUCCGUUCAGGAUCGUGAAACCUGCCGAAGCUCUGUCCCUUGAGGUGGAUGAUCAAACUACUACACAAUCGACUAAUACGAGUUACGAUCAAAAUAUUAAGGACGAGGAGGAUACUAUAAAUUCUACGUCCACUGAAGACGGGUUAAGCGCAACGUUGAACGACACCUUGAAGAGGAACAAGUAUUACGGGGCGAAUUCCCACGAAGAUAGAAAUGGCUGGGUUACUUUGGAAGCAAUACCAUGGUCGAAAAGCAAAAUUUCUAAAUGGCAAGCGACUCCAAGUACGCAGCGGCCCUGGCCGGAAGUGAAACCAUGGGACAAACCGAGCAUUGGGAAACCUUGGGCGUCUGAUUACUCUGUCAGGCCAAUCUACGAGAACAAUAAGCCGUGGUAUGAAAAGCCAAAACCAACUUGGCCAGAGAACACCAACGAGAAACCAUGGCAAAAGCCUACAACUCGUCCUGCUUACUAUACCGAAAAGCCUGAAGAAACUCAGGCUCAAAAGUGGCCUCCAGAGAGACCGUCUUGGAACAAUUAUUCAGACCGUCCACAUAGCGACAUAAUUACUGACAAUCGUCCAGCCAAUUUCCCAAGUAACUGGAACAGACCUCAACCAACGAAACCGAGUUAUCAAUAUUUGGAUAGAUACGGUGAUAAAAAUCAAGGAGAGGAGAGUAACGAUUGGCAUGAUUUUCCAACGAGAUUCGACGAUCGCCUGCGGCCUUCCACGGAGAGACCAGGAUUCUCUCAGUAUCAAUAUGUAAACAAUCAUCCGCAGAGUUAUCCCGGAAACGGGGAUGGACAAUGGGUAUUGCUGUCCACGAACAGAGGCUACUCCAAGUCCAGACAAAGAUCGAUGAAGAUAGACUCGAUAGGUCAAAUACAGAACGUCACUAAGAGCGUGGAUAGAAAAGAGGAAGGACCUGAUCCAGCGAUCGCCGUGGUCACGUCGAAGAGACAGGUCAGGUUGACGGUGUUACCGUCUAUCAACGGCACAAAUACGACAACAUCGCACGGGGGUCUUCUGGAAGUGGAGAAGACCUUCAAGAGCGUGGACCAGAGCCGAAGAGAGUACGAAAUGGAGAGGCAAACGACGGUACCGAUGAUUCUAAGGAAGAGACCUAUCAGAAACACGUUAGGAAAUCAAGCAUCUAGUUCUGCUGUCUUGGCUGCUGUCGGUGCUGGGAUAUUACCGGCAACAAUGGCGAUGAUGAUACCCAUGUUUCUUGGCCGACGAAGAAGGGACCUAAUGACUUCCGGAUCGAGGCUUCUCGAUGAAGAUGAUUCAGUGACGAAUAUUCGCGAUCUCAAUCCCAUGAACGAACAUCGAGUCCGUGGAACGAGACUACGAUAGGUAAACCAAUCUAGAGAAAUAAACUCUCUGACAAUUCGUGGGAAUAGGAAUGAGAAUAGAAGAUAUAAAUAAGAGAAUCUAGCAAAAAAAAAGAAUUUAGAAAAAAAUAGAAUAGACAUUGGAUAGAAAAUAGAAAAAGUAAAUUAACAUACUAGAGUUUAAGAAAAUGUACAUGAUAGAUCCGAUGAUGUACAUGAUAGAUCUAUAUACAUUAUUUUAAGUAUCUAUUCCGUAAGUGCUUUACUUUUUAUUUGUACUUUAAUCAGGUUUUCUAGUUUAGUAGCGGUUAGUUGAAUUUUCUCAUAGAAAAA